AUGAUUUUUCUGCUCGGCAUUAUUCUUCUGUUACUUCUGGCUUUUAUCAGCUACUACUACUGGCAGCUCGAUUUCUGGAAACGCCGUGGUAUCGCAGGCCCACCAGGGACGAUUUUCCUGGGAAAUAUGCAUGAGCUGACAGAUGUGACAAAGCCCGUCGCAUUGGUGUUGCGAGAAUGGACAAAAACCUAUGGCAAAGUCUAUGGUAUCCAAGAGGGUUUGCAAAGGACGCUGGUGGUUAGCGAUGUCGAAAUGGUCCGCGAAUUGUUCACUAAAAAAUUCGAUUAUUUUUAUGGUCGAAAGAUUAACAUCAUUGCUGGAGAUGUAAACAACGAUUCUCGUGUUCACAUUUUCGAAGCACAAGGCGUGCGAUGGAAGCGUCUCAGAGCCAUUGCCAGCCCAGCAUUUUCCUCGGCUUCUUUGAAAAAGGUCCGUCCCACAGUGGAGAGCUCAGUACUUGCCUUGAUGGACUUCUUCGAGAAAGAAGCUGACAAAAAAGCUUUUGACAUCUUCCCGUUCUAUAAAGAGUUCACAAUGGAUGUAAUAUGCCGCAUUGCCAUGGGCCAAAAAAGCUCUGAAAUGUUCACCAAUAAAGCUAAAGUGGCCGCCAUUGAAUUGCUGUAUUUCGACGCAACUUUCGGCAGCCGCUGUUCUAUUUGGCCAGAGUAG